UUUCUGCUAGUUUCAUCUUAAAAUCGUUCAUUUGUCUCAAUAAACGAUCUUUUUCAUGUGACGUAAAGCUGAUGUAUCAGGUGUGUUGCGUUCACGGAACUCGGAACUUGUUCGUUCGGAAACCUGCUGGGUCGGAGUUUUCGGUGGUUCGGGCGGUUCUGGUGGCGACAGAACUUAAACAUAAAUAAAUUGAGCUGAAUGCGGAAGGAGAGUCACCAGGAAGUGAGGUUCUCUCUUCCUCUGAGCUUAAAGGUCAAAUCUACACACGAUGCUUCAUCACUGCGGUCUUAAUUUGAUCUCAUCAGUGUUGUUUUUUCCGAGUUUCUGAAUGCGGCAGAGCGAGCUGCCGCCCCCUGGAGGCUGGAAGAGGGAAGCGCGCAGGUGUCGCUCCAGGUCCAGUCGGUUCUGAAGCUGCUUUCUUCUGACGCCACGUUAAAAAUGUUUUCAAAGUGAAUUAGUUAUAUUUAAAUAAGCGCUUCAACUUUAUUCCACUGUAAUGAUUUAAGAAUUGAAAUUCACACUGGUACCGAGUUCAGUCGGUUUUGAAAGUUUCUUUAUUUUCUGCUGCGUUUAUCUUGUUGAAUUGCAGCUUUUUGUGCACUGUGUGUUUAUCAGAUAUUUUUUGGAUAUUUUUUGAAUCUGAAAUGAAGAUUUUUUAAAAACACGUUCGGCGUGGCGUUACCAUGACAACCAUCCAACUAACGACGGCAGUCGCAGGGACGAAGCUCAGAUGAACUCAAGUAUGAUUGCAUCACCGCGGCUGGGCGUCUUCAGAGAGUCGAUGCUGCGGGACCCGCUGCUGAUCAAGGCUCCGCUGGGGAGGGCCCGGUCCAGGGGCCUCAACAUUCCGGGUCCAGAUUUCACCUAUGGAGCCAGCACCAUGAUGAAAGACGGAAGUGUGGCUGAAGCUCUGUCCAGCUGGCAGCUGCAGACCGAAGCCGAAGAGGCUGUGAUUAAGGUUUCGUGUCCGAACUUCGUGGCUCUGAACCGGGAUGCAGUCCGGUCCGGUUUGGUGACGGCCAAGGAGCUGAGGCAGUACCGGAUCCAGGUGGGGGACCUUCAGAUACAGGCCGCAGAGAAGCAGCAGCACUGCAGAACCUCACGGCGGCCCCAUCUGGUACCGGACAUCACGUUCGGUAUCCGCAACAGGCCGUCCUCUCCGCUGGCCGACGUCCUGGCUCACCACUACGGCCAUCGCUGGCUGGAGGAGCAGAUGAGCCGGAACCGACCUGGCAACCUGACGGCAAAACAGGGUCGAGCUGCAGAGACCAGAACCAGCCUGCUGAGGAGCGCCAGAACCGAAAUAGUCGAAAAGAAAGACUUCACCCUGCCUCAGUUUUCACAGAUUCCGGCGGCGCUGGACACUUUCCGGGAUCCGGCGGCCCGGGAGCGGGCCGCCAGCGCUCAGCAGCAGAACCGGUGAUCCAGAGAGGACGGCCGGAUUGGAGCCAGAACCGGACCGGUUCUGAUUACUGCUCAUAAAGCAGCAAUGUUUGCUCCAUGGGAACGAGUUUCAUUCUUUUACAAGACAGAACCAGGUUCUGGUCCGGUCCGGUUCUCUGCAUCAAUCAUAAAUAAAUAAUCAUUAAAACCUGA